UCCGACAUGGCCCCAAGGCGCCGGCGGAACCGUUUCCGCUUCCGCUUCCGCUUCCGUUCCCGCGCGCAGGCGCGCGCCAGGCCGGAGCAAUCGAGCCCGGAGCCGUCAGAUGAUGGCAAUCCAGCCCAGCAGGUGACAUCAUCUCAUCAUGCUGCGUGCCGCGCUUGACGUGAGCGAUCUCAUAGGGUGAAGCCUAGAGGGCCAGGUAGAGGCCUAAACAUCUGGUUUUUCCUUUGAUACUCUUGAUGCCCAAAGUUCAGACCGCCAGCCGACUCCGGCCUUCCUCUCCCCAAGCUUGUGGGAUUCAAAACAUCAUUGUGUCAGCCCUUCCCAGAGCAGGAUUUGCCUCUGUGAAUGAGUUCCCCUGGAUGGUAUCACUGCAGGAUUCACACUACACCCAUCUGAUGUUCGGCUGCAUCAUAAGUGAGAACUGGAUUCUAAGCAUUGCUUCCAGCUUUCAGAAUAGGCCUAAGGUGAUCGCCAUGGUCGGCAUCGCCAACAUGAACGCCAAAAGGAGAACCCACCCGGAGUAUUCAGUCAACACCAUCAUCACCCAUGAGGACUUCGACGCCGUCACCAUGGAGCAUAACAUCGCUCUUUUAAAAACAGAUGCAGCGAUGGAAUUCGGCGACCGAGUUAAACCCAUAUGCUUUCCGAGAAACACCGUGGCAGCAGCGGCCCUGAGCAACUGCUGGGUGUCGGGAUGGAUCCACAGUUCUACAACAGGAAAGCCCGCAACAAUGAGCGUCCUGAGGAAGCUGUCCGUGGUGGACAUUGAACGGUGUCCCUUAAGGAGACACAAUGGGACAGCAUGUUGCAGCCAUAGAGAAUCGGACAAUGAGUCUGGAUGUUUGGGUGAUCCAGGAAACCCAGUUUUCUGUCAGGCCCAGGAUACAAGGCAGUGGGUUUUGAGUGGAAUAUUAAAUCGAGGUGGCAUGGCCUGCUUUGGGCCAUUUCUUUAUACUGUGGUGUCCCACUACAGUAACUGGAUUUCCACCAGGACAGUGAAAGCAGGCCCACCCUUGCAUCCUACUUACAGUCAGAAAAGUCCAACUCCUCUCUCUCUUGCAAGUUCCAAAGAGAAGAGUGAAUUAGAACAGACACCUCAACCGAAGGACCACUCCGAAGAGGAGAAACACUCGGAGAGCCCCAGAGGUCGGGCCAGGGCGAAAUCCCAUUCAGCAGAACCAUCGGCCUCUUUGCAAGAGAACCGCAACCCUCAGGAUGGAAAGGAACCGGAGUGGAAAAAUCUGGAUGAACGAGCCAGGUCAAAAGCUCUUGCCUCUGAGCCAAUAUAUUAUGACUAUUACGGUGGGGAAGUUAUUCCCAUUUCCGGUCAUAAAAGGUUCAGUCAGCCUCAAGAACUCAUUUUGGUUGUCCUCUUGCUUGCUCUCCUUUACAGGGACAUCUAGUCACUGAGGUAAACCUUUGGAACUGGAAAAUACAGCUGGGCAGCAGGCUAGGAAUUCUCCACAUCAUUUCUAUGAUUUUUUUGUUUUUGUAGCUACGAGUCUGACUCCAGAUGUUCUGGACCGACAUUUUUGUUGUGUCAUUCCACCUAAUAAAACCUGGA